UAAAAGCCGAAUCCAGCAGAACAAAGACCGGAGAUCAACUCUCCAACGACCAACUCAAGAUUGUUGUCAGAUCACUGGCUCUUAGAAACCAAGACUGAUGGCUUAUCAACAGCUAGUAAGAGACUGGGACAAAGGCGUCGUAGCCCUUGAGAAAGGCAAUCUUGACACUGCCUUGGAAAUUUUUCGUGGCAUCAAGAAUCCUCCUUCCAAGAUAGAUUUCAACAUUGGCUGCCUGUAUCUCCAGCAAGGAAAUCUGGAUCAAGCUCUGGAGGCUUUUGAUCAAACACUUUCCAAAGACAAUUGCUUAGCGGUGGGCUUCUUCCAACGAAGUUACGUUCAUUUGCAGCUGGGCAGGUACGAGGAAGCUUUGAAAGACGGGAAGAAGGCUCUGUGCUUUCUCGGGAAUAAUUCCUGCAUCAAUUACAAACAGAUCGGUUUGGCCUUUGUACUCUGCGCCUCGGAGGUUCUGCACAAUAUGGCAGCCGCCCACUGCCAACUUGGAAGCUGGCACGAAGCGCGAGAAGCUCUGGAAGAAGCAGCCGGGCAAAUGCCCCAAAGACGAACCGCAAUUGCUUUAAAGCAAGUAGAGGGUCAUCUCUUCUUGGAACCCCAGACCGUCCCCCCAGGGAAAAUUUUUAGGCCUCCCUUGCAGGCUGGAAAGUUGAAAGAAAAGGACUAUCUCGGUCAAUCCAAGAUCAUUUCUUCUGCUUUUGAAGAGGGCUCAAGCGUUGACGCUUCCCAUCAGAUGCCUCAGAAGAUCACCCAAGGAAUCCCACCUCCACCGGAAAUGACACCUCCCGGUCUUCUUCAUGAGAACCAAAAGAGCUGGAUGCCAGGAGAGAGAGAAGGAAAUGAAAUCGAUUCCAAAAAUCCCAAGUCGGAAUGUCUUCCAGAGUCACCACCGGUGGGUCCCACGAACGACGGUUUCUACUUAAAAGUUCACAGCUCUUUCGUUGUAAAUCAAAAAUUUGAGAAGGUCCCAUCCCUGGCAAAACUUAGGGCCAUCUUACAAGAAGAAUAUCGUCGGCAGGUGGCAACCCUGAAAGUGAGGUACAAAGCUUCGGGAAGCACUGAUUUCAUCACUAUUAACAGCGAUGGACAACUGAUGAAUUUAUGCCAAGAUGCACAACGUAACACACUGACCCUUUGGUGCCAGGGUGAAGAAGUACAAGCGGAUCAUAGGCCUGUCCUUUACCGCAUGGUUGGACGACGUUCUUACACCUCUGACGCGCCAGAAGAUUUGAAUUUUAAAGACGGGGAAGUCCUCGAGAUCCUGUCUGAAGUGAACGAGGAAUGGCUGGAAGGCCGAUGCAACGGAAUGACGGGAAUUUUCCCUAAACUCUUCGCGGCGCCUGAAUGCCCUGCUGCGGCCACCCAACUUUAGAAGGAAGAAGGAAAAAAAGGUCUCGUUUGCCGACACUGAGCUGUUGAUAAGAUAUGACAUUGGGGAGUGAGUGGGUGGGUGCUAGUUUUCUUGCAGACAUUUCGUGACCCAAGUAGGUAACCUCAUCAGUGCUAGAAGGCAGUGGGGUUUGUUUGUUCUCUUACACCAUUCGAAGGAGAGAAUUAAAAAUACAUUUGGGAUUUUCGGACUGCACCAAUAGAAGAGAAUAUUUGCAGCUCCAGUUUGAACUGGGUUUGGUGCUCUCUUGAGUUUGGCGGCUUUCUUGCAGACGUUUCAUGACCCAACUAGGUAUCAUCAUCAGUGCUAAGGGGUGGAGAGUGGAUUUUCUAUAUUUUUGGUGCGCACACACACACACUGCCGUUCCUUAUGGGUAGUUCUUGACUUACAAACAUAAUCAGGAUCAUACUUUUCAUCGCUAAACAAAGGGGUUGUUAAGUGAGUCUGAUUUCAAGACCUUUUUGGCUACGGACGUUAAGCAAAUUGCUGCAGUUUUAAAGUGACUCAUCUGGUUGUUAAGCGAGCCCGGCUUCUCUCAUUGACUUUGCUCGUCGGAAGCCAGCUGGGGCAGGUCCCGGGAACGUUGCGACCGUCAUCGAUCCAUGCCAAAGUUGGAUCACGUGACCAUGGGGGAUGUUACGACGGUUGUAAGUCCGAGGACCAGUUGUAAAUGAAUGCUUGUAAAUUGAGGAGUAACUGUAUUACUUUGCAGAGAGAUCGCCAGGACUCUUGAGCUAAUUAAAGGAAAUUAAAUUAC